AUGGAGUCAAAGUUAGUCGUACCUGGUCAAUACAUAACGCCAACUUAUAAACUAACGCAAGAAAAGAAAAAUAAGCCAGUCAAAUAUGUGGCUGGCUCAGGUACAGCGGUAAAUGCAAUUGAAGUAGUUGAUGGUGAUGGCAGUACCAAAACUUUACCAGUAAUAUGUGCUACUAUUCUAGGAAAAACCCAUUUUGUUAAAGUAUCGGCGGGAAAUUCAAGCAAUGGAGAAAGUAAUAACGACAAUGAUGCUAAUUCUGAUGAAGAGAAUGCAAAAGACGAAGUGGAAAAGGAGUUGGCGUAUAUUGUGUAUGUUGUACCUAAGAAUCAACAAUUACAGUCCAACGAACAUAACAAUAAAGCAACUCAUGCAUCUAAUGUUACGAAUAAAGUAUCGUCGUCGAUAAAUCUUCCUCAAGAAAACGAUAUUGUCUUGGUCCGCAUCACGCGGAUUUCGCAAAAACAAGCCAAUUGUGAAAUCAUAUCCCUCGAAUCAAAAUCAAGUCUGCAGCAACCAGGACAAUCGCAAAUUGGCGGCAACAUCCUUACCGACUCAGGUACCGGCUCCAAUGGUGCUACUGCCCUUGCGUCAAUCCCCGCAGGAGGCGGAUCACAGCACAACCACAACCAACAAGCCAUUGCAUCAUCCAUCACCACACCCACACAGGCAACCAUCUAUGACUUGGGAGAAAACUAUCGCGGUAUAAUUAGAGCUUCCGAUAUAAGGUCAACUGAACGAGAUAGGGUCGUUGUUGGACAAUGCUUUAAACCGGGCGAUAUUGUGCGAUGUAUGGUUAUUAGUUUAGGUGAUGGCCAAAAUUAUUAUUUGUCAACGGCGAGAAAUGAUUUGGGGGUGGUGUUGGCUAAACUGUAUGGCGGUGCCGGUACGUUGAUGUAUCCUGUCGAUUGGCAGAAUAUGAUUGAUUUGGAUAGUGGGGUAGUUGAAAUGAGAAAGAAUGCAAACCCAUUCAUCAUUUAG